CCGUGUUUCCGCCCGGUCCGUGCACGCGCACGCUCACGCGCAGGCGCUCUGAGGCGCAGGACGGAAAUGGCGAUGUUCGUGAGUAAUGCUGCUGAUGUGUGCUCUGCUCGGAGCCCGCAGGGAUCUGUGUGAAGGCCACGGCUGGUGAAGAGUGUGUGGAGCAGCUGUGAUCUCUCUGAAGCGCUCUCACCCGGAGGUGUCCAUGUCCUCGGGGCCGCAGCAGUCCGGCGGAGACACCUGUGUGCUCUCAGGGUCUGCUGUAGUGGAUGGUCCGGAGCGGUGGGGGGCGCUGGGUGUUCAGGGGAGGUGUGCGGCGUACGUGUUGGCCCUGCGUCCCUGGAGCUUCAGCGCUUCCCUCAUCCCCGUGGCUCUGGGCAGCGCUCUGGCCUACAAGCUGGAGGGAUCUCUGGACCUGCUCGUCCUGCUGGUGUGUGCCACGGCCGUGCUGCUGGUCCACGGGGCCGGCAACUUGGUCAACACCUACUACGACUUCUCCAAGGGAAUCGAUCACAAGAAGAGCGACGACAGGACUCUGGUGGAUCAGAUCCUGACGCCGCAGGACGUGGUGAUGUUCGGAGCGGCGCUGUACUCCGCAGGAUGUCUCUGUGCCACGCUGCUCUACUUCCUGUCCACACUCAGACUAGAGCAUCUGGCGCUCAUCUACUUCGGAGGACUGUCCAGCUCUUUCUUAUACACUGGAGGCAUCGGGCUGAAGUAUGUGGCUCUGGGGGACGUGGUCAUCCUCAUCACCUUCGGUCCCCUGGCCGUGAUGUUCGCUCACGCUGUGCAGGUGGGUUACCUGUCGGUGCUGCCGUUGGUGUACGCCGUGCCGCUAGCGCUCAACACCGAGGCCAUCCUGCACAGCAACAACACACGAGACAUGGACUCGGACAAGCAGGCGGGCAUCGUCACCCUGGCCAUCCUGCUGGGGCCGGCGCUAUCCUACGUCAUCUACAACCUGCUGCUGUUCGUGCCCUACCUGCUCUUCUGCAUCCUGGCCACACGCUACACCAUCAGCAUGGCUCUGCCGCUGCUCACGCUGCCCAUGGCCUUCCCUCUGGAGAGACAGUUCCGCCGCCAGUGCUACGCCCAGAUCCCGCAGAAGACGGCCAAGCUCAACCUGCUCAUGGGACUCUUCUACGUGUUUGGCAUUAUACUGGCCCCCCAGGGAAGCCUGCCCUUACUGUGAGAGCACUACUGCUUUAAAACCUCCGUCCCGAUGGUCUAAACCACUCUACACACUUUCUAUUGAUGUUCAGAGACUUUAAUUUAUUGUUGUUAAUUCAUGUUUUGGGACAUGUUUCUCAGUACAGAGGCUGUCCAGAACAUCAGGAUCAUGAAACGGACCAGUCUGGACAUUCUAUACAGUAUAGAUAUAAAAAAUAUGGAUUACUAGCAAAUGAAAGGUUUCAGAUAUAAUUGAGGCCCUUUCUCAGUAUUUCAUGUUUUUAUGAACAUGUUGUAAUGACUUUUUUGUUAUUGUAUGUUGUAUAAACCCAGAAUAUCAUCCCAGCAUCAUGUGUUCAGCAUUAAAUCAUUCUUUAGUUACAGUGCCUCGGGGAAAUAAAAGCCCUCCAUGUCCUGAAUCCACAAGAACGGGGUAGUUGUUUGGAAAGGUUUCCCAGCUGACAUCGUUAAAAGACAUAUUUUCCAAAUAAAGGAUUUACCAAA